AUGUCCACUCGUAAGACGAAGACAACUCGCUCGUCAGGUCCUAUUAGAACUGAGGUCAGCUUCAGCUCGUCAUCGACGACUGGCGAUGAUUCGUUCUCAUCGCUUCUUGAAAAUACCAGAACGCAAGAAAAGGAACAGCUCACCGGGUUGAACAGUCGUCUUGCCACCUAUAUUGAUAAAGUGCGUCAGCUGGAGGCGGAGAACAGCCGUCUGUCCGUGCAGAUCAAAGAUAUUGAGAUUAUUGAGAAGAAGGAAAGGAAUAACCUUGCUGAUCGCUUCGAAGCCGAACGGGCUCGCCUUCGCCAAGCUCUAGAGGAUGCUCGUGAGCAGGCCGCAAAGUUCGCUGUCGAACGCGAUUCGGCUUUGGCUGAUCAUGAACGUUUAGCCGCGAAAGUUGGAAAAUUGGAAAGAGACCUGAAAAAGUCGGAAGAUGAUCGUUUAACGGCACUGUCGUUGGCGGAGUCAAGUUCAGCCAAACAGAAGACUUUGCAGAAUAAGCUGGACAAAAUUUCAAUGGAACUUGGAGAUUAUGAAAAGGAAAACGCUCGUCUGCGCAUGCAGCUGGCUUCGUUGCAGAAGACUCUCGAAGAUGAGAGUGUCCUCCGUGCUGCUGCAAAUGCAAAGAUUCAGGCUCUGACAGAAGAUUUAGAGUUCCUCAAAAAGCAGCACAAGUCGGCUCUCGAGGAAGUUCGCCAUAAGCGUCAAGUCGACAUGACCACAUACGCUAAGCAAAUCAACGACGAAUACCAGUCGAAGCUGCAGGACCAGCUGGCUGAGAUGCGUGCUCGCUUCCAAGCGCAACUGUUAGCGAACAAGACUGCUUUUGAGGAGUCCUACAAAAAUAAGCUCAAUGAUGCUCGUGAACGUGCCGAAGCUGCACACGAUGAUGCGGCUCGUAUGCGUGUUCGCAUCCAUGAACUUGAGAAGAGUGGCAGCAGCCAUGAUUCAGUUAUCGAUGGUCUUCGCCGCGAAAUAGCUGCUCUAAAGGACGACAUGGAUUCUAUUAGAAGAUCCUACCAGGAGAGACUUGAUGGAAAGGAGCUCCGCAUCGCCGAGCUGAACCGUGAGAUUCAACGUAUGAUGGACGAGUUCCAUGACUUGCUCGAUGUGAAGAUUCAACUCGAUACUGAGCUGAACACGUAUCGUAUGCUGCUGGAGUCUGAGGAAACUCGCCUGAACAUUUCUGGUUCUGGUGCUGGUGGUCAGUCGCGUGACAACAGUAUGUCGCAUCAUGUCUCUUUCUCGUCCGGUGGCAGUGCUCAACGCUCGUUUUUAGGGAGUGCUCAGCGCGGUGGAGUGAAGAGAGCCAGAAUCGAGUGGGACGGCAACGGUGAUGAAUUGGAUUUCCACCGACUUAAGCAGAGAAUGCAGAGGCACGUCGAUGGUCCAGUGGGAAUCGAAGAGAUUGAUCCUAACGGCCAGUGGGUGCGUAUUAGCAACAACACCGAUGAAGAAGUUAGCAUUGCUCACUGGAAACUGCUCGUUCGUGCUGGUGGAAAAGAAGUCACCUAUCAGUUCAACACACGCAUGAAGUUGGACCCUCAUGGUCACGCCACUGUCUACUCUGCGGAUUCUGGAGAGAAGCACCGUCCACCUACUGAUUUCGUUAUGAAGAAGCAAAAUGUCACCUAUCAGUUCAACACACGCAUGAAGUUGGACCCUCAUGGUCACGCCACUGUCUACUCUGCGGAUUCUGGAGAGAAGCACCGUCCACCUACUGAUUUCGUUAUGAAGAAGCAAAAUUGGCCCAUGGGCGACAAUCCGUCUGUGCGCCUUGAGGAUCACGAAGGAGACUUGCGGUCAUCGGUAACAUUCGAGUCUGAUGAGUCGACCGACCCGUCUGAUCCAGCCGAGCGAUGCUCGAUCAUGUGA